GUAUGUUACAAAUGUACAAGUCGAAUAUCAGAAUUUCAGUCAAAACGGUGAAUAUGAGGUUGACAACUCCUUAAAGUUAUAUAUCCAUAAUAUAAUUACAAAGUAAAGAUGCAAAAACGCAAUCAGUUUAGUUACGAACACAAUCCUACGACCAACCAAGUCAACCUUGCAUUUCAAAAUUAUCUCCCUUAGCUUUCUAACAACUGAUUCGUGUCAUUAUUAAGAAAUCAGCGAAGUAUCGACGUACUGGAAGUCCACGAAGGAGCCGCAAAUUGUUUUAAACGCAUCAAAUGGCAACCGCUCCUGCUUCAAGUAUAUAUAAAAUAUCUAUAGGGGAUGUUAAGGAGAGUACAGUCUCCUCCUCUUCGACAGUGGUGUUUGAUUGGGACAAUACUCUAAAGCAGUACAAUCCAGAAAAACGCACCUUAAAGACUGGAGUCGAUAGGAGUAUACUCCUAAAGUGGAAGAAUGACUUAAAAUGCCAAUUAUUUAUUAUUAGUGCGAUCAGACCAUCAAAGAUGAAUAUGGAAACAAUACUAAUUGAAAUUGAACGGCUUGGACUAUCUGAUGUAUUUAUUGAAAAGUCAGACGAUAUUCAAAUUGUGCCCAACAAAUAUGCAAGGAAAGGAAACGUUAUCAUUUGUGGAUAUGACAAAGCAGAAACAUUUUUGGAUAUAUUUUAUGGCAGCAAGAAUUUUGCAAAUGUAGACGAAGGUGAUAUGUUAGAUUCAGGACCGCGUGGAAACAUUAAAACAGAAAAUGACACCAAUGACAUUGAAACAGAUGGUCCUGCUUCAACAAGGACGGACACGAAAGUUAUAUUCUUUGACGACGAAGUGGUCAAUAUAGAUAACUUUUCACAUUUGGUAAAGAACAGUGUUUGUUAUCAUGUUAUUUAGAUGCACGAUUCUUAGAAAAAUUGCCAUAUCAUAAGAAGGAUGAUUUGUAUUCCCUUUUUACACAGGCACUU